AUGGACGAUUUGGCGAAAAAGGUGCCUUCUUUUAAGGAGCUGCGACUUCCGUCACUAUACUCGGAUUUUGUUGAGCUCCGCGAGCUCAAUCCCGAGGGAUUUGCCGCUAACAUCGAUGCGUGGUCUGCAUUGCUUUUGGAGGGUCUAAAAUCACAUUUUUUCAAGUCCUCCGUGUCGAUCACAUCCUCUGGACUCGCUGUGUCCUUGAGGCAUUCCAAGCAUGGAGAGCCCAAGGCGUUGGGGCUCGUGCUCGACGAGCUUGUUCGGUCCAAAAAGUACAUCCCAUUGUCCAUCUACAGGGAUACCUCGCCAUACACCUCUCGCAGUAUCGCGGACUACAUUUCCCCCAUGAAGUGGCUCCUGGCCACAUGGGCGCUGAUGAAGCUCUCGUCGUUCAAAAGCUCGAAGGCAGGUACCUUGCUUCCAGAGAGCUACAUACACAUAGAUAACUUGGCUGCUGUGGGCGAUAAGGUGACCAAGCUUGUGCAACAAAGAAUUGAUAAAGAGGGCGUUUAUUCGAGCAGGCUACUCGAUGGCGACAUGUUUGCUGCUGUCGUGAGACAAGUGCACGAUUAUAUCAGUGACUCCGAUAUCGAUGUACUCCACACAUAUAUUGCGCGAGAUGCGGGAAAGAUGACCCUAGUCAAGCAGAACAGCAAAUCCGACAGAAUCUACAUCAAGUUCGGUACCAGCGAGGCCGAGAUUUCGGAGGAUGACAUAUCCAUUAUCAGGUUGAAGGGCAGCAUCCAAAGCCUUGCUCUGCGCUCAAAAGUCUUGGAGCAUCGCUUAGACAAUGAGAUCCCUGAGCGCAUCCAGAGCCUUCUCAAGCUCAAGGACUCCGAUCGCCAGGAGCGGUUGAAAAAUAUCCUCAUACAAAAAGCACAGGUGAAGAAGUCACUUUCCAAAUGCGAAGCGGCCUCUAACCAGUUGGUUGCCUUGUUGGAGGCUGUCAAUGACGCUCAGGGCAAUGCUUCCUUGUUCGAGACCUUGCAGUCCACGAAGGCAACGCUCCAAUCUUUGAAUGAGAAAGUCUCGUUGGAUGACCUCGAUGAGCUUCAGCUGGAGCUUGAUGAGGAAAUCGCUGCCACCAACACUAUCUCUGACUCACUCGUGGUUUCCACGGAUGGUAUUGAUGAGGCGGAGGUGGACGACGAGCUCAAGCUUCUAGAGAAAGAAGAAUUGGCAAAGUAUGGAAAGAGUGGAAAGAAGGAGAAGUCCGAUUCCGAAUUGCACAAGAAAUUAGAGAACUUGAAUAUUCAGGACACCAGUCCUCCUGAGGCUCCCAAAAGCGAGAAGGAAGAGCCCCAGCUAUUGCAUAGCUAA